CAAACUUUGAAGUAGGUGGAAUAAAAUGAAUAAGAUAUUAUCAGCCGUUAUGGGCCUGAAUGAAUAUGGUGACAUAAAUAAAUGUCAUUUGUAAACGCGAAAAGAAAUUAGUGGUCUGAAUGCUAAUAGCUGGCGACAGUAAGCAUUUUCAAGCACUUAAAAAUCAUUAAUAUGCAAACAAGCAAUUAAGAAAAAAGUUAUUAGUCUAAAUGCUCGUGUGUUUAAUAGAAUUUGGAUGUUGAUUGUUAUGUAUUAUCAAAUGAGAAAUUCUAACUUAAUUAAAAGAAGUGUUUUGUGGACUUCUUAAAGCACACUUACCCGUCUAUUUGUACCUUUGGUUGUUAAGCGUUUAAGCGAAACAAAGAUUAUUAUGUGAAUGAUAUAUUUAUUAAAUACGAUUCAAAAUCAAGAUAACAUCUGAACAGAAUUACUUUCUUUUCAACGGAUUGACAUUUCGAAGUGGUUUACUUUUUCGGACCAUGUAUUGAAACACUUGAAGUUUGAAAACAUUCAAGUUGAAAUAUGAGACAUUUAUAGCACGUUGUUCAAUAUUGGCCUGUGUUUGUGAGCGAAUAAAUGUCACUUCGCAUUCGGAGGAGCGAUUAUCUAAGAAAUAUAAAAACAUCCAUUUCCGGCAUCCGGCCAAGAUAAUUGGAGUGUCGGUGAAAAUUGAGAAAAUAUCGACUCGGCGCAUUAUUGAACCAAUGGAAUAUGUUAAAAUCUGAAAAACGAGAAAGGUUCCUGUUGAGUUACGGCGCAGUUGAAUUAAUGAAUGCUUUAUAGAUAUUAUCUUUGUGGUCAUUUGAAAUCGUUGUUUUCCGCAUGAUAAUGUAAUAGGUAGGGCCAAGUAUAAUCAAUGACCAAACGGUUGGUAACGAUUGCGCUGUUUACAUUGAGCGCUUAUGCAAAUAGUAGAAAUCAUUGUAAAACAUAGACGCAUGAUACACUGUUGAGUGGGCUUGUUGACUUGGAACAUGAAAUUAUGUGAAUCAAAAUAAUCGUAAGCGAGCCAUAAUUUUGGUGGCAGUUAUCAGCAAUUUACACUACGUUUACAGAAUUCCAGAAUGGGAUGGUGGCUUAUUGCGUUGAUGGAUGGUAUGUGAAUGGUUACUUUGUUUAACAAAUACGCUCGUUUACCGGCUGUGUUCAAAAGGAUGCUUUAAUCAACAUCGCUAUUGGUAAUAAGCAUUCAUAUAAAUUUAAAAUAAAUGUAUGCCGCCGUGUUGAACUUAAAUUGCUCAAUGGAACGUGUUUAAAUAAGCGCGAUACAAACACUUUUUUCCGGACUUAUUCACCCGAUUUACGAACGUGAUUAUGAAGAUUGCUGAGUAAACAUUACUAAAAAAGGUUCAUAUGUUAUUAGCACCUGGGUCAAUUACAAGCUAUAUCAACACGUGUUUCUUGACAGGGACUUAAUCUACGAAAGGAUUAUAAUAAUAGUCCUGACCUAAACAUUUUGUUAAAUGGCACCUGUAUGAUUAAUUGAGAAAUAGAACAUGCUGUUAAUGAGGAUUUACUGUAAUUGUUUUGUGCUAAGAAAUCUUAGUAGAUCCCUAUGUCAGUGUUAGUGUCAACCUGUUUUCUAUAAGGAGGCCAUACAUGAAGAAUGGACUUCUGGAUAUAAAAAGUCCAUAUCGUUGGCAUGUUUUAAAAAAGCGCAUGAUAUGAUGACAAUAACAUAUAUCAAACCUAUACAUUAAAAAAACAUCACUUUUGACAAGUUUCUGAAUUCGGGACUUCGCCAUGAGUAAAUCCUAUCUUCACGUUCAUCUACCGAGAGUUCCGAUGUUCCGGAGACCACUUUCGGCUAGAACCGGAGAUUCCAGAGCAGCACCGAAGCUGAAGGAUACACAUAACUUGAAUCAUUACAUAAUGAUCACUGAUGACAUGCUAGACGCAUUUAAGCAGCGAGUUGCUAAGUCUAGUAAAGUUACUUUAAAACUUAAUAAUGUCAAGUACAAAGAGAGAAAGAAAACCAUGUCGAAAUCACAGUUUCCUUUCGUGACUGGGGAUAGACGUCGAGGCAUGCAUGGAAAAUGUUACUCAAGCCUCGAUUUAAAAGACGCAAUAGCACAUCGCCCAGUUCGCGUGUUCGUUGACGAUAUCACACAAUGUUUUAGCAGGAGCGUGACGUUAAACGAUGUGGACGACAACGUUAACGUAUUAGGAGGUGACGUUUACAGCGGAUCUCACAGAUGGCGCUCCAAACAUGUCGAACUCGCAUCCCAAGUACACAGGAGCAUGGAUGCCGAAGACGAAGGCAAUUUUCGAGACACCGUCGUAGAAACAGUGGCGCGCGCAAACACGACCGUCACGGAGCAUGCGCAAGUUUUACCGGAAAUCCGUGCAGCGCCAUGCCCAAUACACACCAAAAGACACGAAAUAUAUGGGGCCUUUAGCACAGACAUUCGUUCCCCACGUAGACACACGCAUUUACAGUUCGCACAUCAAGCAAAUAAUAUUUCUAGUCCACAAACGAAGGAAGAGAGAAAAUCCACGAACGUGCGAAUCCCACAUCAAAUUCCCCCGACGAAACCGCCACCCAUGUUGCCUAGAAACAUGUCAUCUAAGGAUUACGUCAUGACAUGGCUAGUUCACGGAUCAGACCCAUCGGAAUCAAACCAUUUUCCUGAAAUAAUUCCGAAUACUAUGAAAUCUCCAAACAAAAAACAGAAAUCAAAAUCUGAAUCAAGAUUCAAAAGAGCUAGUAUUGUGGACUAAAUGGAACACAUAUGAAAAUGUUAAAUAUUGUACGCACUGAAGUUUUGUUGUCGUUAUGUCGUUGUUAUUUUAUAGUUAUUGUUAAUAGUAUAGUUGAUCAUUGCAAUUAGAAUCAAAUCAUGUUCAUGAUCUUUAAAAUAAGUUGAUCAGAAGCCCGGUGAUGCCGUUUUGUAUGUAUUUCGUCCCUGAUGGACUCAUUGAGUUUAUUUCUCCGCAACACUGACCAUUAUCUGAUGAAACUUUGCGAGACGAUUUUUAACAGGGAAUUAGUGCACUGAACAAUGGAGCUACAUUUCUAUGUUUUGUCUUGGUGUUAUAGAACUUCUCAGAAUUUUCAAGUUCUUAUAUAUUGGGCAUUUCUAGAUGGGUCUCGUUCUGGAACGUUGGUCUAAAUCAGUAGGUCCCAAUUCAGUUAUAUCUUUGAAGCUUUUACAAUGCGAAAUUUAAGCCCAAUUAAUGACGGAAGGACAAUAUCUCCCUGAUAGUUGAACAUAUAAAACGAAAUGCCAAAAUGUGCAUGGCAUGUUGGAUGGAAACGUCCCUUACUCUAGAUAACUCCAGGGGAUUAUUUUAUUAUUAUUUAUGCGCUCACUGUGACAAUAUAUAUAUUUUAAUUUCACUGUUGAUAAAAGUCCAAAUCUGUUGGCGACACAGCCUUUCUUUCAUAAAUAAUCUGAAAGGCCGGCAUAAGGGUGUUUACGUAACAAUGUUUACAACUGUAUUUUUAAACGAAUGAAAAUGAUGAGCAAAUAAUUGAACUAGCACUUAGUUUAGAUGAAAUUUGAUAACAACUUUUUUUACAGCAUAUACGUACAACACAUUCCGCACAGCAGCAGUACCGCUUUAGCACCCUGGAGGUCAUAAGGCAGUUAAACAUUUUGGGCCCACGAUCGUGGCCCAGUACCUACUAGAACGCCAAUGUUGAAUCGAUUUAACUCGUUUAAGUUAGCCUACUAGUGCCAAGACUAAGACAUGAACUGUGACAAUAUCCUUUUAUAGGUAUAAAAUGUCAUUAUAAUACCUUGAUGCCAUUAUGACAUCAUUAACUAUAAGAUUAACAAUUUCGGAAAACAA